AUGUCUGAAUCAUUGGCCGCAUUCCGUACUGGGCGCAGCAAGGACCUUGCCCAACUGGCCGAGGAACACAUCAAUCAUGACUUGAGCCAACAAGAUCAGGAGCUUCUGAAGAGCGCAGCUAAGAAGGUUGGAACCCACGCGACUGUUGCAUCUAUGGCCGGUCUUGGUCUUGGUGUCUUCGCUGCCAUUCGGUUGCGCAGGAUGCGCCUGGCCUACUUCAAGGCCUUCAGAGCGAUGGAGAAGCCUGUCGAGCUCCGUUUUGCGGAUGGCCGGACUGAACCCAUCCCUGACAUCUCUGCACAACUAGCACCCUCGAGAUGGGGCGAUGCUGCGACAUAUUUCUUCUUCUCGAUCGCCGGCCUCUUCCUCGGCGGCGAACUCGGUCUGAUCACUGGUACCGCAUCGGCGACGAGGACUAUCACACGCGACCCGGCUGCAAAGGAGCGCAUCGAGAAGGCCUUCAAGAAUUACCGCGUUGACGUUUUGAAGCGUGAAAUCAAGACUCUGGAGGGCAAGAGUACGUUUGAGCAGAUGUUCUCUAGCUCAUCGUGA